AUGUCGGCAGAACCUUCGGUUAACAACAACCGUCAACCUAACCCAUCAGUUAAUCCUGCUCGUCAUAGCGAACCUGUAAACUUUGGAGAUGACAUGAUCGAUCGGAUUGCCGUCCGAGUUGCGCAAAUCCUUGCCAACGCACAGGGACGUGAACGACAGAAUACAGAACGAUCAGGGCAAUCUGAGGGAAGCACUGCACCUACACCUACACCAACUCCACGAGAAGAACCUCGCCCGGAAAAGAAGGUAGAUGAUACGAAAGUAUAUAAAGCUAUAGAAAAAGAAAUCUCUAAAGAAUGUAAUUACAAGACUUCCAUUUCAUGUAAUCCUCCUUCAUUCGACGGGAAGAAAGGUGCUAUUGAGGCACAUGAAUGGCUAAGUGAGGUAGAAGCCAUUCUAGACGUCAGUGAUUGCCAUGAAAGAAAUAAAGUUAGGUUUGCUGUUCAUUUGUUUAAAUCCGAAGCCUUAUUUUGGUGGAGGAUACAAAAGCAAACUAGAGGUGAUGAUCUGGCACAUCGCCUGAGUUGGAAGGAGUUUUCAGAACUGUUUACAAAUUACUUCUGUCCACCAAGCGAAAUUGACAGAAUAGAAAAGGAAUUUUUGCAUCUUGAACUCGGGAAUAAGACAUACCGGGAAUAUGUCACCAAAUUCAAUGAAAUGUCUCGAAUAGUGUCUUACUUGGUGAAACCUGAAGAAAAUCGUAUUCGAAGAUUCCUGUGGGGACUCCCCACAGAAUAUCGCACGUUUAUCAAGUCUACCAAACCAACUACCUAUCAUGAUGCGGUAGAGGCUGGGGCAAUUAUCGCCACUGAGAUCCAACCAAAGAAAACCCCAGAAACUAUCCCGAAAAGGAAAUGGGAAAACUACCAAGAACAAAAGAAACCCAAUUACAGAGAUUUCAAGAGGCAACGAGGACCCCCACCUAGGUGCCCAACUUGUGGAAAAGGACAUUCCGGUCCAUGUAACCAGUUAGUCUGUAGAAACUGUAAGAAACUUGGACACAACUAUCGUGAUUGUAGAGAGCCACGUAAGUGUUUUAAAUGUGGAGAGACGGGCCACUAUAGUGAUAGCUGUCCUAAAAGGAAUGAGGAACCUAAUAAAGCAAGAGGGAGAGCUUUUGUUCUGAAUACUGAAGAGGCUCGUAGGAACCCUGAUGUCAUAACAGGUACAUUUCUCCUUAACAACUUUUAUGCUAAAAUACUAUUUGAUACUGGUGUUGAUAGAAGUUUUAUAUUUGAGCACUUUAGAGUUUUGAUUAAUCAGACUCCUUGUAAGCUAGAUAAGCCAUUUAUAGUAGAACUAGCAGAUGGGAGGGAAGAAGAAAUUGUGAGUGUGGUAAAGGAUUGUACCGUCCAGAUUAGUAAGACCCCAAUAUCCAUAGACUUACUACCACUGAAACUUGGAGAGUUCGAUGUAGUAAUAGGAAUGGAUUGGUUAUCUAGUCACCAAGCUCAAAUAUUGUGUGAUAAGAAGCAAAUUCAAAUUAAGGACCCAAAAGGGGGAAUUGUAACAAUUGAUGGGGAAAGACCUAGCAAACCCAUAAGGUCAUUUAGCGUACCUAGUAUAUUCACUAGAGGCAAAGGAAGAAAAAAACUAGAAGAGGUAGUAGUAGUGGCUGAAUUCCCUGAAGUAUUCCCUGAAGAUCUUCCCGGAUUACCACCUGACAGACAAAUUGAGUUUAGAAUCGACUUGAUCCCAGGAGCAACCCCUAUUGUCAAAGCCCCGUACCGCCUUGCCCCGACUGAAAUGAAAGAGUUGAGAAACCAACUCCAGGAGUUACUGGACAAAGGAUUCAUACAAGAUAUACCCAAGACUGCCUUUAGGACAAGGUAUGGUCACUACGUGUUCCUAGUGAUGCCUUUCGGCCUCACUAAUGCACCAGCUGCCUUCAUGGACCUUAUGAACCAAGUCUGCAAACCAUACUUGGAUCAAUUUGUAAUCGUCUUCAUAGAUGAUAUCCUAAUCUACUCUAAGAGUAGAGAAACACACGAGGGUCAUCUCCGUGCCAUUCUUAAGUUACUAAAAGAAGAAAAACUUUAUGCCAAGUUCAGUAAGUGUGAAUUCUGGACUAGGGAAGUCCAAUUUUUAAGGCAUGUUGUUAAUGAAAAAGGCAUACAAGUGGACCCUACAAAGAUUGAAGUAGUUAAGAAUUGGGAGGCACCAAGAAAUCCCACAGAAAUUCGACGUUUCCUAGGGCUAGCAGGGUAUUAUAGAAGGUUCAUUCAAGAUUUCACUAAGAUAGCGAUGCCUCUAACGACACUGACUCAGAAAAAUACCCCAUUUGUCUGGGGCAGCCAACAAGAAGAAGCUUUUAAUCUUUUGAAAACAAAGUUAUCCAGUGCCCCAGUACUUGCAUUACCCGAGGGUACUGAAGAUUUUGUAGUAUAUUGUGAUGCUUCUCAUUAUGGACUAGGGUGUGUGUUGAUGCAAAGAGGCAAAGUUAUCGCCUAUGCAUCUCGACAGUUAAAGAUACAUGAAAGAAAUUACACCACCCAUGAUCUAGAACUCGGAGCAAUAGUAUUUGCCCUCAAGAUAUGGAGGCAUUACUUAUAUGGAACUAAGUGUGUGAUCUACACUGAUCACCAAAGCCUAAAGUAUAUAUUUGAGCAAAAGAUGUUGAACAUGAGACAGAGGAGAUGGAUGGAGUUGUUGAAUGACUAUGAUUGUGAAAUUCGUUACCAUCCAGGAAAAGCUAAUGAAUUGGGAACAAAAGUAAAUUUAAGUACGGCUUAUCACCCACAGACAGAUGGCCAAAGUGAAAGA